GUCUGCAAAUAGGCUGGAGCCGGCCGCCGGGUCCCUCUCGGGUCCCCGGGCUCGGCGGGAGCCGAACGUUUGGUGGGGAACGCCCCCUUCCAGAGCCGUGGGGAGAAAGAGAGAGACUAGACCGAGCCCGGGGCCUGCCCCGCAGGGCCCUCCCUCUGUGGGACAUGGCCCGCUGCGGGGAGGGCAGCGCGGAUGCCGGGGUACUCCCGGGGCCCCCGGGAGUGUGCAGUAAGGGGGUGCACAGGAAGGGGCCCUGGGAGCGGCGCCGGCUGAAGGCUCUGCUGUCGGAGCAGCUGUGCCAGGAUCUGCUCAGGCUUCUAAGAGAAGAAAUUCAUACAGAUACUACCUUCUCUAUAGGUUGUACUUUAUUUAAAGCCCACAAAGCAGUCCUUUUAGCAAGGGUUCCUGACUUCUAUUUUCAUACUGUUGGACAGACAUCAAAUAAUAUAGUAAAUCAUGAUCCUGUUGCUUUGGAGAAUUUUGAAGUUUCAGAAUUUAGAACAUUUUUACAGGUUGUAUACUCAUCAAACAGAAGCUUAAAAAGCUAUGAAGAAGAAAUCCUUAGAAAAAAGAUCUUAGACAGUGGAGUAUCACAAAAGAAGCCAGACUUCAGUUCUCAAAACUGUAUGGAUAGUGAUGAACGAUCAUCACUUGAGUUCUUAGAUAAAAAAUUACCUGAUUUAUCUAUUCUGAACUAUGAAAUUCCAGAUGAUAUCAGCAAUAUGGAGAACAGUUUCAUUUCCACUGAUAACUAUGACUUGGAAACAGCAUCAGAAUUAGGAGAAGACUUACUGAAACUUUAUCUGAAACAGUGUUGUCCAGAUAUUAAUAUUUACGUUGAUGGAAAAAGUUUUAAAGCACACAGGGCCAUUCUAAGUGCCAGAUCUCAUUAUUUUGCUGCAAUGCUGAGUGGCUGUUGGGCUGAAAGCUCCCAAGAGAACGUUGCACUUCAAGGUAUAAAUCAUAUAGAAAUGAAUAUUAUGAUGCAUUUUUUAUAUGGAGGAACUUUGGACUUGCCAGACAAAGCAAAUGUUGGUCACAUACUCAAUAUGGCUGAUAUGUUUGGAAUAGAUGGAUUAAAAGAAGUAGCAAUCUAUAUUUUAAGAAGAGAUUACUGUAAUUUCUUUCAGAAGCCUCUUAGAAAGUUGGAGCCUAUACUAGAAUGCUUGAUUAUUGCGCAUUCAGUUGGAGUGGAAGAUCUUUUUGCUGACUGCAUGAAGUGGAUUAUAAAGCAUUUUGUAAGGUUUUGGUCUGAGAAAAGCUUUGCAAAUAUACCUCCUGAGAUUCAGAAAAUUUGUCUUAAUAUGUUGAUUCAGUCCUUGGAUGAUAAGAAUGCAGCUUUUCUUCUGAUGGAAAGUGACAGGCUAAUCAUCAGUUUACCCAGAGUGAAGUGGACAGAAGCAGUACUAACUAUGGCAUCUCAGCUCCAAGAAGAAUGCAUUGCGUAUAUUACAACAAACUUUUCUAAGAUAAUUCAGAGUGAACAUUUUUAUCUGUUCUUACAGUCACAAGCAAUGAGCAGCACAGCUGAUCUACUGGUCAAGAUUUUAAAAGCAAUUGAAGAGAACAUUACCACCGAGAAUAGUUGCUCUUUUCUUAUGGCUUUGGACACAUUACUGAAUUCUGAUAAUACAAAGGAAAUGGGUUUUACGUGCAAGAUUCAGGCUCUGCGUGAUAAGCUGUGGGUCUUCCUGGUUCAGUCUUUCUAUGCUGUUCGUCACACCGAAAGCUGGAAGCUAAUGAGCACAGAUGAUCAACAGAAAAUCCAAGCAGCUGCAUUUGACAAAGGUGAUGAUCGAAAACUUGGCAAAAAACCCAUAUUCAGUAGCUCUAAGCAGAGGAGACAAGUUUCUGAUUCUGGUGUAAUAAAAAAUACAUCUUGGAAAGGAAAUAACAAGAAAGGGUGUUGGAGUUACCCCUCUGCUAAUCAGAAGAUGAAAUCCGAUGGGCCACUUGCAUCUGGACAUUCAACAAGUGCUAAUAGAAAUACUGUCAGUAAAAUUUUGAAGCCUGAUGAUUCAAAGGAAAAGGAUGGUGGAAAAUUAGCAUCUAAUAUAAUGAAAGAAUUAAAACCUGGGGGCAAAAAUGUUUCUGCAAAGCCGAAAGCUAUAAUAAAGCCCAAAACAGAAAAUAGUGAUAAUGUGAAGUCAAUUAACAUGCCUCCUAGACAAACUAUGGAAAGAUCAGCAGCAGCAGCAGUAGCAAAUGGGGGACAGAAAGCUUUAUUAAAUGGAAAAGGAGUGAGAAAUCAGGAGGCACAGGUGACAGGUGCCAGGCCCAAGGUACUCAUGGGGAGCCUAAGUAUGCAUGCCAAAGCAAAACCUUUGAAGAGAGCCACUGGAAAGGAGUCUCCAUGCCCUGGCAUCACAGAACCUGCCAGCAGGUCUACAAAUUCAAGCAUGGAAUUACUGAUUUCCACGGAAAGUUUAGACGAGCCAAAAGAAAAUGGAUCAAUAAGAGAGAAACUGUCUGGCCACAGACAGCUGUUUUGUGACCCUCCAGGACAGAUGGUGAAAAGCAAUAUAGAAAGCACCAAAGCUUCUGCUGUAGCAGUAAAAUCUCGACCUGUUUCCAAAAUUGCCAAUGGAACAUCUAACAAAAAAAUCAUUCAUGAACAAGAAACUAAUAUAAAUAACAGUGUGCUAAAGAAGGUCACUAGCAAAGGAUCCAGUGACCCCGUACCGCAUGCAGUGUUAAAGAAAAGAGGAGCUGGCAUUGGGUGUGCUGUAGCUCAGCCCAGGACAAAGAAUGGUCCAACUAAUCUUGCUAAAACUCAAGGAUCCCAAGGGGAGUCACUCAAUUUGAUAAAAUCUUCAGUCUCUUCAAGGCAGUGUGAUGAAAAUGUGACAAAAUUGGACCACAGUACAACUACAGAUAAACGAACACCCAAAAGAAAAAUUGUCAAGCAGGGACAUACAGCUUUGCCUAAGGUUAAUACAAAAUUAGUGGCAAUGCCUAAAAACCUAAAUCAAUCCAAAAAAGGUGAAACUCUGAAUAAUAAAGACUCAAAACAGAAAAUGCUUCCUGGACAGGCUUUACUAAAACCUCAGACCUCUCUUCAGAGACCUUUAAAAAGCGAGACAUCUGUAUCCCAGAAAAAUAUGCUUCAGGGUGUACAUGAUAAUAAUAACAAAAGCAAUAUUUUUGAACAGAAGACUCACAAACCUCCAGUAAGUCUUACUUCUGGAAUCAGUGGUACAGAAGCUUUUCUGCCAGCUUGUAGGCCAGAUCCACAAAUGCCAUUAAAUAAGCAAAAAAAAGAGAAAUUAGUGUUAGAAGGUCAAAAUAUUCCAAAUAUGGAUAAAUCAAUAAGACCUGAACUGAAACCAAAACAGAUUUGUUCAGAUAAAAUUGAGCCAAAAAUUUCUAAUCACGUUGUGGAACCCCACUGUGAUACCAGUAACAAAGAAGUAUAUUGUCAUUCUGAUGGACGUGAUAAUGUAGAUUCAGUUUUAUCUAGCACCACUACACUAAAGUCCAUAAUUUCAAAUCCAGUUGAAAACUCUUUGAACUCUAAUCUAGUUUAUAAUUUAGAUUCUACAAAUGCGGAGCAAAUCCAUUCAGUAUCAGACAGGGAGAAAAAAGUAAGAGAGAGAGAUAUAAACCAAAAAUCAAGCAUGCAGUGUGUAAAAAAUGUGUCAUCAUAUGUUCCUGAGAGGACAAAUGGUAACUUAAGUUCUGUUCAGGAUGGCAGAAAAACAGAAUUUUGUGUAACAGAACGGACAAUUCCUAAUCAGUUGUCUGAUGACUCUGUUAUGAAGGAAGAUAAAUAUGCUACAAUAGGUACUGAUGUUUCCUCUAAGAGUUUUUCUGAACAGAUUUCAGAGGGAAAUUCUCCUAAAGACAUGGAAACAACAGAGACGCCAGAGAGUCAUGAUCCACCGGAAACUCCAUUCAUGAGCCCCUGGAAUGUGAGUGCCAAUGUUCUGCACCAGAGAGAGAGCCCUGAAUCUGACACUGGCAGUGCCACCACAUCCUCGGAUGACAUAAAGCCCCGCUCAGAAGACUAUGAUGCUGGAGGCUCUCAGGAUGAUGAUGGAUCAAAUGACAGAGGUGUUUCUAAAUGUGGUACCAUGUUAUGCCAUGAUUUUCUUGGAAGAAGUAGUAGUGAUACCAGCACUCCUGAAGAAUUAAAAAUAUAUGAUAGUAAUUUAAGAAUUGAAGUAAAAAUGAAAAAACAAAGUAGCAGUGAUCUUUUCCAAAUUAAUUCAACAAGUGAUGAUGAGAUUCCUCGGAAAAGGACAGAAGUUUGGUCUCAACCUACAAUAUUCCAUCCUAGAGAAAAAGAAAAUCUUCCACAAGGUAGUGUUCAGUUUGCUCAGGAAGUAGAUCAGGUUUCUUCCUCAGCAGAUGAGACAGAAGAUGAGAGGUCUGAAGCUGAAAACACUACAGAAAAUUUUUGUACAUCAAACCCAGUUCCUCAGCAAUUUCAGGGAAUAAUUAAUUUAGCUUUUGAAGAUGCAGCUGAAAAUGAAAGUCAUGACUUUCCUGCAACUAAAAUUUUUAAAAGGUCAGUUUUACUCUCUGUGGAUGAAUGUGAAGAACUAGGAUCUGACGAAGGGGAAGUCCAGACUCCUUUUCAGCCUUCUGCAGAUUGUCUCUCGCCCUCUGAUGUUUUUGACAACUUUUUCCAUGAGACUGAUGGAAGGACCAGAUACUCACAAGGGAAAGAACCUAAGAAUUUACAUUCUAAUGCUGUCUUAGAACAUAAACAAGAUAAAAGCAAUGGUGAGAGCACGCUCUUGGAUCAUAGUAACACUGACCUGUCAAGAAAAGAAAUGCAGAGUACUUUAGCCACAGAAAAAAAGAAUACAAUAGAUGUCUUCUCCACAGGAGGCAGACCACUUCUUCCAGAAGAUAAAAAAAUAAUCAGUGGAAGUGACAUGAUUAAUGACAUUCAGCAAUGUAAUAAGCACUCAGACAGUGAUAUAAAAUCUCAAGAAAGACCAUGUCAUUUGGAGCUUCAUCAAAAAGAACCAAAUUCUGACAUACCAAAGAACAGCUCUACAAAAUCACUCGACUCCUGCCAGAGUCAUGUUCUGCCUCAGGAAAGCCCAGUGAAAGAGAGCCAUGCUACAGCUACCGAAAAAGCUAAUAAUGCUUUAUCUGCAGGAGACAUAGAUGAUCGUGACACAUUGGCACAAACCUGCAUGUAUGACCAUCGGCCUCCAAAGACCCUCUCUCCAAUUUAUGAGAUGGAUGUGGUAGAAGCAUUUGACCAGAAAGUGGAAUCAGAAACACAUGUGACAGACAUGGAUUCUGAAGAUGAUCAACAUUUUGCAAAACAAGAUUGGACACUGCUAAAGCAACUACUCUCUGAACAGAAUUCAAACUUAAAUAUUACAAAUUCUGUUCCUGAAGACUUAAAUUUAGCACAGUAUCUAAUCAAUCAGACACUACUGUUAGCACGAGACAGUUCGAAACCUCAGGGUAAAGCACAUAUUGACACUUUGAGCAGAUGGAGUGAACUAACAUCUCCACUUGAUGAUUCCCCAGCAAGCAUUACCAUGGCAAGUUUUUCCUCUGAAGAUUGCUCACCCCAAGGGGAAUGGACAAUUCUGGAACUGGAAACUCAACACUAAGAUUAAUAACUGUUUGAAAAUUUUUUAAUUAUGUCACCCCAUUAUUUUUUGAUGCUUACAUCACAUUCAGUAAUUGCAUUAGACAGAGAUAGACUGUCCUUAAUACUGAGGCAGUCUUUCUAAUUUAUUGAAUAGACAUAGUUCAUCAAUAUGAUACCACCUGUAGAAUAAAGUGUUUUUCUAAAAUUUUGAGCAUGUUUUCUAUAAUUAUUAGCAUAAUGAGAAGACUUGUAAGGCAAAACUUGUUUCAAUUUUUCCUUCCCUAGCUUACCAUUUAUUUGUUCACUUACUUUUUAUCCAAGAACUUAAAAUGUGAAUGCACAAGUAGAUCAGUCCCUCUGUCUUUUUGUUUUGCAUAUGGUAAGAUAGUAAUUUAACAAUAAAAAAUUACUGUGCUUAUGUUAAUUUAUGUAUAGUUAAUCUGUGAAUAACACUCAAACUCAGGUUGGUGUGGUUGAGGUUGAUAAGUGAGUACUAGAAAAAACCUUUACCAAUUACUUAGUUUUGGAAAAUUGUGAAAUAAAUGCAUCUUGUAUUUUAAUCACCUUGUUACUAAAACAGAAAUGGACUUCCCUUUCAUACUCUUUUGGAGAUAUAGCCAGAGAGAGACAUCUGCCCUUAUUCUAGAGAAAUCCAAAAUUUUUCCAUAUAUCUUAUGUCCAUUGAUUUACACUUUCCAGUUUAUGUCAGAGCUGUUUUGGAGCUGCACUUAAUAAGCCUGCACUGAACAGUAACUUGAAAAGGGGAAUGAGUAGAAGAGUAAAUUAGUUAAAUUGCAUGGGUGUGUAAUUGCAUGUAUGCUUUAUCCAUGUGUCUGUAUACUCCCUUAUUUCCUUUCUCAGAUUGCCUUUCAAUCUGUAAUUGUGGUAGCAAGACAAUAAUAAAGAUCUUUGCUACUAAAUGCCACAGAGGACUGUACUCUUAGAUACCAGCCAUUAUAGGUAAAUGUUGCCCUUAACAUGAGAUUUGGUAGAAUUAUUUUUUUAAUCUUUGUAAAUAAUUCAUAAUUUUUCCAAAAUAUGUCACAAGUAAGUAAACCUUUUGGUUAGAAUUUCUUUUCGAGAUUAACAAAGGUCUCAACAGGUGAUCAACGAUACAGAAAAUCUGUAUAUUUAAUGCUAAUAAUUAUAUUAAUGUAUAGUUAUUUGUUUUAAAUAGGAACAAAUCACAUAAACAUUAACUAUAACCUGUUAGACCAUAGGUUUGCAUAUACCCUUUUAGACUAGAAAGUCAACAAGUAGCUCUCAUUUAUUCCUUCACAACACAGGCAUUGGUUCUAGAGACUGAAGUACAAAGAUAACCGAGGUUUGAUUUUCAUCUUCCCUCCACACCAACAAAAGGUUCAGACUAUAAGUAUUUUAAGGACUUUGUAUGUUAUUGAUGGAAGUUUGGAGAUUAAGCAAACCCCUCUAUAUUCCAAAGAAGGACUCUGAAGCCCAAAGAAAUAAAGACUGCUCAAAGUCCUGAGCCAAAAUAUGGGCUUCAAUCCAAUUGUUCUUAAUUUCAAUUUGCUGUGAUUUCUACCACCAACACACUUCAUUUGAUUUUUAUCAUAAAACAUAAGAGCAAAUACAUUUUUAGAUGUUCGUGGUACAGAAAAGUAAUGUAUGAUCGAAACAGCACAAAUUCCCCAAGAUGCUGUUUUCUUAUUUUCCAAAUGUGAUGUUUUAAGUGUUAUUUUUAAUAAACUACCUCAGAAAUCUCCAAA